CAUAAUCAGGAACAACAUGGUGGAUCCUGUAGAAACCAAACAGGCUGUAUUAAAUCAGACUGCAGAGUCUCUGAGGGAGGCGGCUGAGCUGCUGUCAGACUCCGAGGAAAGAGUCAACAGGACACGGGGCCUUAACCUGAAGGGCCGUACUGCCCUACAACAUCUGGAGCAUCUUCAAACUCAGCUGGAGAGAGAACAAAGUCUUCUCCUUCCCGGGACUGAAAUGACCAAAGAUCUGCUAAAGAAUAUCACCGACACCUUUUUAAUGCUCGAGGAAAUUAAAAGAGAAUUCGAGAAUCAUGCGGCUCAGCUAGACGGUGCAAAGCUGCCACUCUUUAAGAAGUUAAACGACAUCUUCCGAAUGAUGGAAAUCAUAACCAAAGCUGAGGAGCACGCGGAGGAGCUCAACAGAGAGGCAGCAGAACUCCAACAAGUGCUUCAAAAUGCCACCAACAGUAGUGACCUGCUCAGUGUGCUGGGUAUAGGAGCUUAUAACAGCAUCAUAAAUGCCAUAGAAGAGGCAGAGAUGGCAGCAAAUGAGUCCAGAGAGGCUGCUGAUGAAGCCUUAAAGGUAACCUCGGUGCUAUUAGUAAUGUAACUUGAAUGUUUAAUAAUAGAAAAUAUGAAUAUGAUUCUGAUUCUGUUAAUUAGGAGGUGAAGAAGGGAGGUCUGGUCAACAGGGCCGAAGGACUCAAAGAUAAUUCAACUCAUUUACGGACAGAAGCCAACGAGACUCAGAGUGACCUUAAAAUGCUGUCACACACGGCGAACACCCUCAAAGAUGGCGUGAAUAACCAAAAGGAAAAAGGAGAAUCACUGAGAAGGGACAUGUCAACCGUCAGUGACGACCUCAAAGAGAUCAGAGGAGAUGACACAGACAUCCUGAUAGAGUCUGCGAAAACAGCUGCCUCAGCGUCAAACUUCACAGUCAGUGAUAUGACAGAGAAACUGAGGAAUAUGAGCCAGGACGUGGAGAGAAUAACUCUGACUAAUGUCAGUGGGAAUAUAGAUGAUAUGUUGGGUGAGGCAGACCAGGCAUUGAAGAACUUGAAAGCAGCCCUUCCUGUGUUGAGAGACAAAAUCACACGAGUUGAGGCUCUCGGUGCGAAGGUGUCUCCUAGUGACAACAUGACAGAAAGCAUCAGGAGAAUCAAGGAUGUGAUAGAGGAGACAAGAAACUUUGUUAACAGGCUCUCGGUUGCCACCACUUUCAACGGAAAAGGUCACAUUGAGCUUCGUCUUCCGAGGAACCUCGAAGACAUAAAAGCGUUUACAGCCGUCGAUCUGCUUCUCAAUCACCAUCAAAAUAAUUCUUCCAAGGCUGACAACAGACGAAAGCGACGCCAGAACAAACACAGAGACGCCAGCUUCUUUGUUUUCUACCUGGGCAACAAGGAUGCUUCCGGAGACUACGUUGGGAUGGCUAUCAGAAGCAAGGUGUUGAUUUGUGUCUACAAGUUAGGCGGAGUUGUCCAUGAGGUGGAAACCAGCCAAAUAACAACAACGACCAAUGUGAACUCCUCAGUCUUUGACAGGGUUGUCUUCCACAGAGUUUACCAAGAUGCUGAAGUUAACAUCACGCAGAAGUUCACAUCAGAGAAGCCGGUCAGCCUUCCUCCUAAACACAACCUUCCAAAUACAACAACCGGCGUCCUCCAACUGGAUCCAGACGGUGUUGUUUUCUACGUGGGCGGCUAUCCUGACAACUUUACGCCUCCAGUGGAGCUGAAUUACCCCAAGUACAGAGGAGCAAUGAAACUCUCCUACAUAAAUGACAAUCCUGUCGGCCUGUUCAACUACAAGCGUGCAAGCAAUAUGGAUGCAAACCAGCCUACUGUGAAGGUUCCCCAGUCAAAGGUGUCUGAUUAUUACGAGGGAACAGGUUACCGCAUGGCGUUCAUUAAGGAGCCAGACAAUAAGAAGAAAAGACUGUUCAAAUUCCACACAAACAGCCAAGAGACAAACGCCUUGCUGUUCUACAUCGGGAUUGAAGAGUCUUUUUUCUGUGUGUUUGUGGAGAGAGGAUUCCUGGUGCUUCGAGGCCAGCAAGCAGGCCGAGAGCUCAGAGUUCAGAGUGCUGAAAAAGUGUCUCUAUUUGACAAACACUUUGCAAUCAUUGUUGCAAACAGGUUUGUUGUGCACUACGGACCACAGCAGAUCUCCACAGAUCACAAUCGUACAAACUACAAGAGUUAUUACAUCGGAGGUCUACCAGCACCGCUCAGACAUAGACACAACAUCACAGCUCCACCGCUGAGAGGAUGUGUGGAUCAUCUGACAGCAGACGCUGAGAGAGUUGUGUACAACAGGACGAUCGGUGUCAGCGAUGGAUGUCCAAUCUCACUACUGGGCGUUCGCUCAGCUACGCUGUACUCAGCUCUGUCUGUUGAUUCCCCGUCUGUCUGGGAUCAACAUCCAGUCAGAGUCUCUCUGGGCUUCAGGAGCACAGACACACAUGGUACUCUUCUCAGGAGCAGCUCUCAGGGCUCCUCCGCUGUCCAGCUGUCCCUGGCUGAUGGCUAUGUAGUAUUUAAUAGCGAUAAUUAUACCUUGAGGUCGGAUAAAAGGUACAGUGAUGGAAGCUGGCACUACUUGUCUGCAGUAAAGAGGCCAACAGGGUUGGAGCUCAGCAUCGAUAACGUAAAAGUGAUUCAGGGACAGUCACCUCAAACCAGGCCAGUGGAUCAACAUUUGCAAGGAGGGAAAUUCAAAGUCUGCAUCGCUAACUUUUACACAAGAAGGCCUGAGCAGAGCUUUGUACCUGCUGAUCUAAGCUCAUUUUCACAAACGGGAGACGUCGUCCUUGGUCCAUGCCGUCUCCAUCCGCCACCACAUGCUGAGCUUCUACCGGCACUGUUUUUGAAAAGGCCCCAGAAACACAAACCUAUUCAGGCUCCAGCGGGCAGCCAGUGUAAACACCGGCGAGCACAGCGUGGUGAAUAUCAGCUGUCUGAGGAGCACAGCUGGCUCAGUUACACACUGCCCCAACAGGACCUCAAUUACAGGCCUCACUUCUCCCUUGACGUGAAGACCGAGUCAUCUAAAGGGCUGAUCUUCCACGUAGCAGGGAGAGGAGUCAUCCCCCUGCUGGCUCUCUACAUGGCCAACGGCAAGAUCAAGAUGUCACUCGGGCAAAACAGAAUCAUCCAGCACAAGCAGAAGAGCAACGACGGGACCUGGCACAGAGUUGAGGUCAGUGUGGAGAAGAGCACUUUUCAUCUGCUGGUCGAUGGGAUCCGGGUGACCGAUGGACAUCUGCCCAACAAUGAGGGAUCAUCUCUAGACCUGCUCAACCCCGUGUAUCUGGGAGGUGAUCCCAGAAGCAAAACCACUAAAGGACACAACAUUCCCAUGAUCAGUGUUACUGGAUGUAUACGGGGUUUCAAAAUGAAUGAGGUUUUUAUCGAGGAGCCUGAGGCGAGCUACAAAACGUUACCCUGCAGCGAUGGGCUCACAGGGAAGGGGACGCACUUCGGCGGCGGUCACAUCGUUUUAGAGAACUACUUCACCGUUGGCUCCCAGUUUGUGUUGGCCUUCGAGCUGCGUCCUCAAUACCUGACAGGUCUUCUCUUCCAUGUUCAGGGACACGAGACUAGCUUUAAUGUGUUCUUAAUGGAAACUAAGGUGGGUGUCAAAGUGAAAGAUGCUAACGGUGCCGUCAGUGUCUCAGUGACUCCUCCUGAAAGCCUCUGUGAUGGAAAGUUUCAUGUGGUUACAGUUUCCAAACAACGGGACGUUAUCAAACUAGUGGUGGACUCCAGGUCGGAGCAGAAAGCCGUCUCCUUCACAUCCACCUCAACAACGCUGGAGACACUCUACAUAGGAGGGACAACAAAGCAGAACCGUGUCCCCGGGCCCACGUCACCGUUUGUGGGCUGCUUACGAAACGUGAAGCUUAAUGGAAGACCUGUUUCCUUUGAGACGGGAUCCAGGGUGGUCGACCCUGUCAGCAUUAAUAGAUGCCCUGCAGGCUAACUAAUGGGUGACACACACCGACUUCUUUACCCCCACACACUCUUUGGCAUAAUUAUAAAGUCAUAUUAUGCAGAGAUGCUUUGUUGAAACCCGCAGAACUUCAUUAGAGAUUCUAUUAGGUAACUACUGUUAUUAGCUACUGUUGCUACACCUGUCAGGCCACGAGUCGGUUGAAAACAACAACUUCGGUUGACCUUAUAAUAUUUCAAUUAAAAGGGGUUUGACAUCUAAAAUGUUUUAUUUAAUACAAUGGUGCAGCCAUAAAAAUAACAUGGAUUGGAUUUAAAUUUCACACAAUAUGAAAGCACUGGAAGAAACAAAUAUAGGAUUUAACAAUUUGACAUAUGUUGUUAAAAUUUAGA